UCGAGUACCGUCAUUAUAGACACAACUAUAGAACAAUAGGUUGCGGUCACCGGUGACCGCUUGGUGUUUGACAGUUAGUGGGGCCUGUAUUUUACUAUGCCAAAUUCCCGCCUAUUUAUUUUGCUUAAUCUAGAAUUGUUCAUUAUAGGAUAGUGAUCAUUUAAAAUAAUUUGGUCAGAUCGUAAGUUUAUGUCAGAAAAAGUGCUUUGAGGGCAUGAAUAAGACAUUUCUGACCUUAUGAGGGACAGUUAUGAUGAAUACGUUUGUCAAGCAGUCAGGAAGUAUCAAGAAAACUGCCUCAGCUGCAUGAUUUGAGAUGUAUCUUAAAGAUAAGAGAAGCCUUCAGAUAUACCUUUUAACUACAAUUUAGUUUUCGGACACAAUUUUUUUAUCUAGCACUUGAAUUGAUAAUAUGAAUCAUUCAGAGACUCAUCUUACUAGCGUGUACUAGUGUGUAUUUAUUUGUUAAGAUAAUAUUUAAACAUAUUUAAUUGUACGUGAAUGAAUACUACUCAAGGUUGCGAUGGUUGGUUUAAUUUGAGUCUUUUUUUGAGGACAUAAGAGUUUGUUUUUGGAUGAAGUAAUUCUCAGUGAAUUGGAACACACGUGAUUGGUAUGGAAAAGGGAAGAAGAGCUCAAUACUUCGUGGCAGCGGCUGUAUCCCUGGCUGCUGUUGUAGCUGGAGCCACACAAGCUUGGAGUACGCCUGUCAUACCGAAGUUCCACAACAAUGAAACUAAUAUCGCCAUUACAGACAAUGAGAUAUCAUGGGUGGCCGCCUUAGCGUCUCCUGGGUACAUGGCGGGUAGUAUGGCGACCAGGAUUGUCUCGGACAAGUUCGGAAGACGGUCAGCUGUUCUGGGCAGCGCCUUACCGAUACUCAUUGGAACUACAGUUAUUCUAACCACUGCGUCAGCGCGAUGUCUUUACGUGACGCGCUACCUAUGGGGCUUUGGUACUGGCAUGAUCGGAACAGUAUCAUCGAUGUAUUUAGCCGAAAUAGCAGAUAAAGAAAUCAGAGGAAAAUUAACAGCAUCCAUUCGCUUUAUGUUAAGUUUUGGCAGCUUCAUCAUCAUGUCAAUUGGACCAUUCAUAUCCUACAACGCCAUAAGCUACAUAUUCCUAGGCCUACCAAUAUGUUACUUUGUGGCCUGUUGCUUUAUCCCAGAGACGCCAUAUUUUUACUUAAAAGAAGGAAAAGUGAAUGCAGCACGAGCUUCUCUAAAGAGAUUGAGUGGAGAUAGAGAUGAAAAGGCUAUAGAAGACCGGCUAUCGGCAAUGAGGCUGGACGUCAAAAAAGAAAUGCAUCGCUCUGGUUCUGCUAAAGAGAUGUUCACUGGAAAGAGGUACCGCAAGGCGCUGAUCAUUGCAACUGGGUUAAAAGUGACUCAAAUAAUGGCAGGACCGAUAGCCAUCCAACAAUACUUCGGCCGCAUCGUUCAAGAAAGCAAAACCAACGUGGACAUAUCCAUUGUGCUGAUAACAUUCGGAGCAGUUAAAUUUAUUGUCGGAAUAAUAUCAUCAGUGAUAGUGGACAAGGUUGGGCGUCGUCCUUUACUCAUCUACUCUUACUUAGGCUCUAGCAUAGCCCUGAGUGUUGUUGGAGCGUACUUCUUGAUACAACCCACCAGCUCUCCAUAUUACACCUAUAUUCCGUUUAUAGGCAUCAUUCUUUCUAGCGUAGUGUCCAUUCUAGGCUAUGAGCCCAUGAACUUCGUCGUCUCCGCAGAAAUAUUCCCCCUUAACGUUAAAUCAGUAGCAAUGACCUUCUUGAACAUUCUGGGAGGUCUGCUGAACUUCUUAUGUGUAAAAGGCUAUCAACCAAUGAAGAAUGUAGCGGGACUGACAGGAGUAUUCUGGUUUUACGCCACUUUCGCUUUCAUAGGUUGCGUAUUCUCAUUUUUAAUGGUUCCAGAAACAAAUGGUAAGAGUUUGAGAGAGAUUCAGAUUCAGUUGCAAGGAGAAUUGUAUGACGAAACUUAUGACGAAAAGUCUCAUAAUAUUAUUGAUAAUGAAGCUGAGGGUACAGAACUUAAAAAGUUGAAGCAAGAUGAUACGUGAGUGAAGAUAACGGUCGGUGAGAGAAAUAGAGAAAUUGAAUGUAAAAUAGGUAGCCAAUUAAGCCAGUGAUAGUAGCAAUACAAAGUUUAGAUUUUAUCAACCUUGAAUAUUUUAUACCUACAGAUUAUGCAAAUGUGUAAUAGUUAAUAGUAAUGUAAUUUAUCAAAAGCAUUUAUACAAAUGUGAUAUGUUUUAUUUAUAAACGUUUUUCAUAAGA